CACCGUUACCGGAGAGCCUCGUGCAUCUGUGUGUCUUUAACAGCAGAGGCUCGUGCUCUCCCCGCCAUUUCCUCUUCUGAGGCUGGAAUGUCGAGCAGCGGCUCGAGCUCGUCCUCGCGGAAGGAGUUCGACGUGAAGCAGAUCCUCCGGAUCAGAUGGAGGUGGUUCGGCCACAGCGCGCUGUCUCCCACUCACUCCCCGCCUCUGGAGCACUUCUCCGGGAGGAGAGCGGGCGGUAGCCCCGGGGACAGAGCGUCUGUGAGCGGCUGUAGCGGCUCUACUUCAGGCAUCAGUCCCGGCGGACUGGUGACCAGCGGGAGCGCGGGGUCCAACCUGUGCCACGGGAACAGUAGCAGAAAGUUUGGAGAAGCUGCGGGGAGUCGCUCCGGAGCUGGAGCCGGGAGCUGUCCCCGCUCUCUGAGCCAGCCCGAGUGCAGGAGCUCCACCGCGGCUCUUUCGUGGGACUCACCUCCGCCGCACAGACGCCCUCGCCCUCUGUCCUGCAUGGAGGCAUCAGGAGACCCACCCGAGCCCUCCGCCCCGGUGGGGCUGGAGGAGGCUCUGGCCGCGGGUCCAGCGGCUGCGGGCACCGAGGACAACAACAACAACCCCGCGGAGACAGACUCCAGCUCCUGCAGGACGUCCAACAGCAGCGUCACACUGUCCUCCUGUGUGUCCAUGGAGCCAUGUGCCUGUCCAGAGGAGAGCCUUUUCACCGCCCUGUCCCACGCCGACGUCACCUUCCGCAAGAUGGAGGGCUACCUGCGCUCCCGCCAACUCUGCGACAUCAUCCUGGUGGCGGGGGAGAGGCGGAUACCUGCGCACAGACUCGUCCUUUCGUCUGUGUCUGACUACUUCGCCGCGAUGUUCACCAGUGACGUGCGUGAAGCCAAGCAGGACGAGGUCAAGCUGGAGGGGGUGGACCCUGAUGCAUUGUGGGUCUUGGUGCAGUAUGCUUACACAGGACGUCUUGAGCUGAGAGAGGACACCAUUGAGUCGCUGUUAUCGGCCUCCUGUCUGCUGCAGUUGUCCUCCGUGGUUCAGGCCUGUUGCUCUUUCCUCAUGAAGCAGCUCCAUCCGUCCAAUUGUCUGGGGAUCCGCUCCUAUGCAGAUGCUCAGGGCUGCCACGACCUUCACAGAGCUGCCCAUAACUACACCAUGGAACACUUUUUGGACGUGGUGGGGGGUCAGGAGUUUUUGCUGCUGCCUGUGGAGGAGAUGGCGAGGCUGCUUACUUCAGAUGACAUUAAUGUGCCCGACGAGGAGACUGUGGUGAACUCUCUGCUGACCUGGGUCCGCCAUGACGCCUCUGGCCGACAGCGCCAUCUCCCCUCUCUGCUGGCACAUGUCCGGCUGCCUCUGCUUCAGCCGCAGUUCUUAGCAGAUUUGGAGUCGAACCCCCUGCUCCGGGACAGCGUGGAGUGCCAGCGUUUGUUGAUGGAAGGAAUGAAGUAUCACCUACUGCCUCAGAGAAGACCUUUGCUGCAAAGCUCCAGAACUCGACCACGCAAGGCCACUGUAGGAGCUAUGUUUGCAGUGGGGGGCAUGGACGCAACAAAAGGUGCUACAAGUAUUGAGCAGUACUGUCUGCGGCGGAACACAUGGAGGCAGGUGGCCACCAUGAGCGGUCGCAGACUGCAGUUUGGAGUGGCGGUGCUGGACGGUCGUCUUUAUGUGGUGGGAGGUCGAGACGGACUCAAGACUCUCAACACUGUGGAGUGCUACAACCCUCACAGCAAGACAUGGAGCGUCAUGCCCCCAAUGUCCACACACAGACAUGGCUUAGGUGUAGCUGUCUUAGAGGGCCCUAUGUAUGCCAUAGGGGGUCAUGAUGGCUGGAGCUACUUAAGUACAGUGGAGAGGUGGGAUCCUCAAGCUCGACAAUGGAGUUUUGUUGCAAGUAUGUCUACUCCCCGGAGUACUGUAGGAGUAGCUGUUCUGAAUGGCAAGUUGUAUGCAGUGGGAGGUCGUGAUGGCUCGUCUUGUCUACGCUCAGUCGAGUGCUUUGACCCUCACACUAACAGAUGGACUAGUUGUGCGCCCAUGGCUAAACGGCGAGGGGGAGUGGGUGUGGCCACGUGGCAUGGUUUCCUCUAUGCCAUUGGCGGCCAUGAUGCUCCUGCCUCUUCUCUGGCAUCGAGGCUCAGUGACUGUGUGGAAAGGUAUGAUCCUCAGACAGAUAUGUGGACAGCUGUGGCUCCUAUGAGUAUCAGCAGAGACGCAGUUGGUGUAUGUCUCCUUGGAGACCGGCUCUUCGCAGUAGGUGGCUAUGAUGGACAGGUCUACCUAAACACUGUGGAGGCUUAUGACCCUCAGACAAACGAAUGGACACAGGUGGCUCCUCUGUGUCUGGGCAGAGCUGGUGCUUGUGUGGUGACAGUCAGACUCUGACACAUGUCGUUUGACCAUCGGAGGACUAUUGCCAUAGCUUGAAAUCCAUCAAUAGAGAACAUUAAAACUGGGACAAUUGUUUUAUUCUGGUUAUUGUUGGUUUAGAGAAAAAGUCCUAGAAAAACUGGCUGCAAGUUUUGACUCACAAGUUAUGGCUGCAUUCUGCAUUUAUUGGGGCUGAGAUAAAUUAUUAAGAAAACUGAUGACAACAUUUCUAAAAAGGUUUUCUUAAACAUCAUAAAAAUACAUCUGACAUUAAAAGUUUACACUCACGUAUUUAUAUUGCAUCUGUUAAGUUAUGCGGCAUUUGCCCUGUGCUGCCGUGCUCCCUCAGUUCCCUUGACAGGAGAGAGAAGAGCUCUGACAUAAUCAGGACAACCUUGUGAACUGCCAAGCCUUCAUCCUUAUGUGCACAUGUUUUAUUUUCUGACAAGACGUGAGCAUAUUUUAUGUUACUCUUCUGCAACUACUGCAGACUUUACAGGAUUACAUAUGACUACAGAGGUUUGUUAAAAGGUCGAUUUAUUUGUGGUCAGUUCAGUUGCGCUCUCUCCCUACCUCUAGCGCCUCAUCCUUUUUCCAUCACCGUGAUUUUAGCUGGUAUCAGUAUUAAACUUGAAUUUUCAGACUCUUGCCUUGUAUAGAUGUUUGUUUUUGCACUACAUUUUCUGUCCCCUGACUCCUGACUGAAGAAAGCAAAGGGGGCAUCCUGUCUGAGCUGUCACGGCCUGCACAUUUACACACACACAAAUAUUCAGUCAAGCAGUUUGAAGUUUAUGUGAGGUCUAAGUCAAAUGCAAAAGUGUAGCUGUAUGCCAAUGAGAACACAUUCCAACUGAAAUCCUUUAUGAAUGUAUGUGCAUUUUGUAAAUAUGAUGGUCUCUGUUGUUUUUGUACAUAAAUGUGUUUAUUUGGUUAUAAGCCAUUAUGUUUUGUACCAUAUAAUCAAACAGCAGACAUAUUACUUAUGCCUUUUGUACCAUACAUUGUAAUGCCUUCUAUUGUACAUUAUAUAUACCAUUAUUGGACUUUUGUACAUUCAAAUCAAUAUGAGCUAUAAUACAGCAAUGAUUUAUGUUUGACAGCGUAACUGUGUAGCAUUUAAAUCAUGUUUAUGACACUUUACAUUUUUCACUAAAGCACAUCACUAU